AUCCUCCGAAUAGUGCGGCAGGAAAAGCGCAGGGAAGACGCCGCGGAGAAAGAAAGAUAAAAGGGAGGAGGAAAACAGUUAGACUGGAAAAAGAGAAACAACAUGGAGGUGAACAGUGUCUUUAGUUAGUGAGAGAGGCCGUCCUCUGGUGUCGGACUCCAGCUGUCCGCCUCCGCCGCUCAGCUGCUCCGUUAUGUCGGAUAAACAUGUCAGGGAAUGGAAGAAAUCUUCAGAAAUCCUGCUGCUUAAACUGCGCUGUGCCAUCAGGAUUUAAGGAUAUCUCUGAAAAAUUGAGGGGAAGAAAACUAAGGAUGGUGCUCAUGUAAUCUAAAGGGGGCUCUCUCUCUGUACCCAACUCGUCGUGCUCUCCCACCAACCAGGCCACGCUCAAAGUUUUUCUUUUUUUCUGGAGAAGGGGAAAUUUUGCUGCAUUGAAUUCCUCUGGACGGGAUGUCAUCAGCAGUCAGGAGAAAUUCCUCAGGCUGACUGAUCCUCCUUCUGCACUGAAGCGAGAGAGGGAGAGAGAGAAGGGGGGAAAGAUGGGAGAUGCUGCAGAUGACAGAGGGAUGAGACGGACCUUCAUCGUUCCUGCCAUCAAGAGCUUCGAUCACUACGACUUCACCAGGGCCAAGAUAUCAUGCAGCCUGACGUGGCUUGUGGCCAAGGCAUUCGGCUCGGACGCAGUACCAGAGGAGCUGGUUGAGCCUUUCUACAAGGACCAGUACAACCAGGAGCACCUGAAGCCCCCGGUGGCCUGCCUGCUACAGUCUGCAGAGCUUUACUGUCGGGCAGGGAGCCUGAUCCUCCGCAGUGAUGCUGUCAAACCUUUACUGGGACACAAUGCUGUCAUCCAGGCCCUGGCCCAGAAAGGCCUUUACGUCACAGACCAGGACAGACUGGUGACUGAGAGAGACCUGACCAGCACGCCCAUACACAUGAGUUCCCACCUGGCCCUCAUAGACACCCUUAUGAUGGCGUACACUGUGGAGAUGGUGAGUGUGGAGCGGAUGAUGUCCUGCAUCAACAGGUACUCCUCCGUUGAACCCUCGCAAAGUGACGGACACGUCCAGGAGCUGCCUUAUGACACGGAGGACGCAAUCACCACCUGGAUCAACAAGGUGAAUGAACACCUGAAGGACAUCCUUGUGGAGGAGCAAAAGCUGAGAGAGGCUUCUUACCAGGAGUCAAACUCAACAAUACACAAAGCUCGCUACAGGAAGGAGCACGCUCAGCAGAGGAGCGCUCCGUCGCUCCCCCUGGUGGAGAAUCUGCUGAAGGACAACACGGAUGGCUGUGCCCUGACCACCCUGCUGCACUUCUACUGCCCGUUGGCCAUCAGACUUGAAGAUAUCUGCCUAAAGGAGACCAUGUCUUUGGCUGACAGUCUGUACAACCUCCAGCUGGUGCAGGAGUUCUGCAGGAACAACCUCAACCACUGCUGCCACUUCAGCCUGGAGGACAUGCUCUACGCACAUGCAUCUAUAAAGAGUAACUAUCUGGUGUUUAUGGCUGAGCUGUUCUGGUGGUUUGAAGUGGUGAAGCCCUCAUUUGUGCAGCCCAGAGUAUUUGAUCCAAACGCCCUUGAGAUUGUGUCAUCCUGCAGAAAUAUGGCUCCAGUGUCCAGUCCAGUCAAACAGAGCUACACAGACAGAGCUGACAUACCAGAGAACGUCCCUGCAGAGGGUGUGAUGAAGAGAUCUGCCUCCAUGUCGUACAUGGAUGGCUGUGUCGGGACAUGGCCCAAAGAAAGACGCUCCUCCUCUCGGGGAAUCUCCUUUGAGAUCCCUCUGGAUGGUGACCCAACUUUGCCGCCCUGUGAGGCUCCCUCCCUGCGUGGUAUGACCCGCUCUGCCAGCAGUGACGGUCUCGGGUUCAAAGUUCACUUUGCAUCUCGAGGGGGCAUGAAGCGGCACGUUUCCCUCAUGCCCGUCAGUGUGAAUGGCCAGAGCAAACACAUACCAGAGGAGGACGAGAACUUCAUUCCCCAAAAACCUUUGGGGCGGAACAACACAUUCUCAGUCAGAAACCAAAGCAGGUACUCCAAUGGAGUCCUCCCAGACACCGACCACAGCCCCAGCUAUCACCUUGAAAACCACAGUGGCCACAUCAGCCCAUCAUCCCCUCCCAGCAUUGAGGAGGCUCUGAAGAUCAUCCAUGACACUGAGAGGCCCCAUGCAAGUGUGGGCGUGGGGGACGGGGACAACGGCUUCUUCCUCCACGGUGCAGAGCCAUCGGACCCUCCAGGGGCCUCAGGUCAAGGAGACGAACAGGGUUCAGCCAAAGCUCGGUUCAAUGACCAUGACCCCAACUCUGCGUCCACAGAAGAAGUGGACACAGGAAUCCAUGUGAGGACAGAGGACAUCCAGAGCUUGGACGAGGACUCCUCCUCUCUCAGAGACUAUUCAGAUAUGGACCCAGACUGCGAAGCAAUGACACGGUCGUGCCCCCUGCCCGAGCAGCAGCAGAGAGAGAGGAGCAGGGAGGGAGGAGGGACAGGACCCCGUGAUACUGACCCUGAGGGUGAGAGAAGGGGAGAUGGAGGUGACAGGAGCAGCCCAUGUCCCAGUUCAGUACCCACACUCCCCAGGUCUCAUACAGCCAGUCCGGCCUCGUCCUCUGGAGGCUCAGCAGCUGGGAUGAUCCGGAUGACAAGCUUUGCAGAGCAGAAGUUCAGGAAGCUGGAGGGGAGGAGCAGUGGAGGAACCACACCUGAGAGUUCAGACCUCAAUAUGUCAUAUACACAGCAGACAAGGAACAGUUCACCUCAGAUCUCUACACCUCCUCUGCCUAUCACAUCACCCUCUCCAAUCACACCUUCCCCCAGAGACCCCUCCCACAUCAUAGCCUCAGAGAUGAUUCAACUGAGGAUGAAGCUGGAAGAGAAAAGGAGAGCCAUCGAAGCCCAGAAGAAGAAGGUGGAAGCAGCUUUCACCCGCCACCGUCAGAAGAUGGGAAGAACGGCUUUUUUGAAUGUAGUAAGGAGAAAAGGAGUCACUGCUCCCCUCAGUUCCAGCUCAGGGGUAGCAGAAACACCUUCUCCAGAGACUCCAACAUCCUUGAAGGAAAGCAGCCUGGGCAGCAUGGAGCGGGCGGAGAGAUGCAAACCAGACGGAGCAGCUCCUAAAUCCCCCUGUGAGGAUGGUGGAGGUGUGACUCCAGGAGAAAUAGAUCUUGCAGAAUACACCCGCUCCAUUGAGAGGCUGAACACGUCCCUGAGUUUCCUGCAGACAGAGAUGCAGCGUUUGGCUCAGCAACAGGAGAAGAUCAUGGCCAUGAGAGAUCAUCAUCAACAAGCCUGGGUCAUUCCUCCUCCUGCCCCGUCUCCACACAGGCAGCUCCGUGAGUUGCGUAGCAGCAGUGUGACGGGUCGGGGAUCAGGUCGAGGCUCGGUUGGGUCUCUGUCUCCAAUCCUUUCCUCCUCUGGCUCUCCCCACGCUCCCAAUCGUUCCCCUGCUGGCAUCAAGAGACGGCCAGCCUCCUUCCACGCUAGGACACCUCGAACUCCACGUCCAAAUGACUUAAAAGUCACACCCUUCAGUCGAAUGCUCAACACCCCCACCUCAGUGGACAGCCUACCCAGACUGAGACGCUUCACCUCCAGCCAGUCCCAGAUCAGCUCAUUCUCUUACAUGAGCCAUGAUGACUUGGCAGGGGAGAGCAACAACCAAGAAGACAAGGACAAAGAUGAGACUGAGACAGAGACAAAGACGAGUGCUGGCGCUCAUCAGCUGUCUGCCAAAGAAGCAGGCAAAGAGGGAGAAGAAGAGAAGCCGGGGAAAAGAAAACAGACGCAGGGUGAAGUCAAACAAACGAGGUCAUCCGAGGUGUUGUGUCAGCCUGUGUCUGACAUCCAAGCACCCGCAGGCAUCCGAAGCACAAGAGACUCCCAAGACAGAAAAGACCUAGUGGAGGUGCCUCUGUCUGGGCUGAAAGCUUCAGAUGGAUCCCAGAGUCAGCAGAUGACAGGAGAGGGUGAGACAGGAGGAGAUGCUUAUGGAGAAGACGGGAAGAUGUGCUGUGGAUUCUUCUUUAAGGACGAUGUCAAAGGAGAGGAGGACAUGGCAGCAAAGAAAGCCGCUCUGCUGGAGAAGAGACUAAGGAGGGAGAGAGAGACACAAGAGAAGAAGCAACAGCAGGAGCUGGACCAGGAGCAGAAGAAGGAAGCUGCACGGUUGAAAGCUGAGGAGGAGCAGCAGAAGAAGGAUGAUGAGAAGGCGAGGAGGGAAUACAUCAAGCAUGAGUAUAUGAGGAAGAAGCAGCUGAAGCUGAUGGUGGACAUGGAUGAGGUCAUAAAGCCUCGAUCUGGAAGUCUCAAGAAAAAGCCCCGUCCCAAGUCCAUUCACAGAGACGUCAUGGAGUCGUCCACUCCCCCUAUUAGAGCAGCAGGAGUGCGUCCUCGAGGGUUCUCAGUAUCAAGUGUUUCUUUGGCGUCUCUCAAUCUGGCUGACAACGACAGAGAUCUCCCAAAUAACAAGAAGAACAACAACAGGCCGGACUCUGCUGAAGGCUUCUCUUCCUGUCCUUCGACUGGUAGUCGUAACGGAGAGAAAGAUUGGGAAAAUGAAUCCACCACCUCAUCCACUCCCUCCAACGCUGAGUACACAGGACCCAAACUUUACAAGGAGCCAAGUGCUAAGUCCAACAAGCACAUCAUCCAGAACGCCCUGGCUCACUGCUGCCUGGCUGGCAAAGUCAACGAAGGGCAGAAGAAUAAGAUACUUGACGAAAUGGAGAAAUCUGAAGCCAAUAGCUUUCUGGUUUUGUUCCGUGAUGCUGGAUGUCAGUUCAGGUCUGUGUACACGCACUGCCCCGAGACAGAAGAGAUCACUAAAUUGGCCGGCAUCGGGCCGAGGAGCAUCACCACUAAGAUGAUCGAUGGCCUGUACAAGUAUAACUCAGACAGGAAGCAGUUCAGCCUGAUCCCUGCCAAAACCAUGUCUGCCAGCGUGGACGCCAUCACCAUCUCUAGUCACCUGUGGCAAACCAAGAAGCAGGGGACACCCAAAAAACUGCACACUAAGUAGAUCUGGACAGAAAAUGUGUAUCAUUUAACAUCCCACUGUAAGAAAUCACAACUGGAAUGUAGAACACAAUCAGGCCUCACAGACGUUGUCACGAACCAGAGGUGACUGUCACACUCUGGACUUCUUUAACGGGGCACACGUGUGUACUUGUCAGCAUGUGUUUCAAUGUUCUCUCGUGCCAAAAAAAGAGCAGAAAACAGAAGGCGGAGCCAUGCCUUACCUAGUUGAACCACUGAAGCAGUGAAUGUCACGCCUCUGACAGAGGCAGUUUGGUUUCUCUAAGUUGAUCAUGUGUGGCCUUAUGCUUGUUUUGUGUCAUAUGGAUGCACUGUGAGCGUUGGUGUCAUUUUGUUCACACCUGUUGAUAAAGUAUUUUGUGCUUCGGAUGAGAUUGUGUGUAACUACAGGUCUCAGAUCAGAUAACACCCCCUAUAGAGCCCAGUCGUUCAACUUUAAGGGUGGUCCGUCUGAUCCAUGAACAGGUAGAGGCAGCAUCUUUGAUGAGAGUUUUGCUGCUAUACAGGCAUGUUUCUUCUGUGUUUUUUUUACAUGUGACUGAAAAGCAUAGAAAAAGUUCAAAUUUGAGCACGCGCGCGUGUGUGUGUAUAGGUGUGUGUGUAUGUGCGUGUUUGUAGGGAAGUGCCAUUAAGACUGAGGACGUUACCUCAGUUGGUAAUUGCAAAUACUUUCCAAAAGAAAUGGAGAUUUUGUCGAGCAUCCGGAGUGCCAUUGAACAGUUCUGGAAAGCACCUGCAAUACACUCUUAAUUUAUUUCAUUUUGAUAACGCUUUGGAGAUAUUUUAAAAGUCACCUUAGAUUUUAUUCAGAGAAACAGUCUAUACUACAGGUAUAUAAGUUAAAUUACUUUGUAUAUGAUGGCAGAUCCAUUCAAAAUGAACAAGUCAGCUUGUGGUAGGUUUUUGAGUAGCUUUUAUAAUUUAUCAUGUGUGUAUCAGUGUGUGUGUCCUUUGGGGCCUUUUAUUGUGCUAAAAAUGCAAAGAGUGUGAUAACUCUAACGUGUCACUGAUAAGACUAUCAUCAGUCGUAGAAUAGAUGGAAAUUCAACACUUUGUCAUCAGUCUGUGCAAUUUAAAGAAUCACCAUUGACCAUGUUGCAUUUGGAACUAACUCAAACUCAAAAUGUCACUCUGAAGAGGGUUUUGUCUCAAAAUUAAAUCCUGAUUACUCUUAAAGUCGUCCACAAUUGUAAAUAAAUCAAUUCACAGAUGAUAGCACUUCAGGACCGCAUCCACUGUUGUUUCUACUUCAGUGAGGUCCUAAUUGUUACUUUACUUUAACAUUUCUGUUACAUAUUUUUCAUCAUGUUUCUUCAGUAUGUAUUUGACACUGUACAGAUAUAUUUUGGCAUAUAGAAGUAUUUUUUGUAAUGACUUUUACCUGUUGAAGGAGUGUACUAAAGAAGCAGUACAGCUGUUGAAGGAAGUGUUGAAAGCAAGGUGUAACUGAUGAUGCAAGGUAUGUGAAGUCUAAUCGAGGCUUUAUUGUGGUAUCAUAUAAAUUCCAUUCAGUAAACUGAACUAAGAGCAUAGUAUUUUUUCCAAUUCUGAAUUCAUUUUUUAUUUUCAUUUUACUAAACAGGCUCAACUGUUCAUGUUUUUGUUGUUUUUCUAUUCCUUUGAGCUUUAUUAAAAUGCCAGCUAUCAACAGUA